UGAUGGAGGAAGACGAAGACGCAGAAAUAGAGCACGUGUUUGUUGCUCAUGAAAUUGAUCUGGAUUACGAGUUUGAUGCAGCUCGGUUCUUCGAUUUCACUCGACCAGAGACUCUUGCGGAAGCUCACCAAGCCGAACUUUGGUUUCAAAAUGCUCCUAGCUAUCCUCCUUCUCCUUUUGUGAGAAAGCUAGUGGUGAGAGAGGAUUUGCUCUUGGACAAUGUUAGCGACUCGUCAAAAUCCGAAAAUCUGGAGUGCACGAUUGAUGUGGAUGAUGAAAAAUCUAGUGUUCCUUUAGGGACGGGAUUUUCGUACACAACUCUUCACACUAAUGGUUCCAAAGCACUUGGUGGAGAUAUCUCUAGCUUGUUGGCUGGAAUUCUGCAAAACGAUGGUGCAAGGCCACUGCAAAUACCUACAGGACUUAACUUUGGUAAUGAGAUACUUGGUGACGGUUUGAAUUCUAAGGCUAAAUCUUCUCUUCCAAAGAGUUCAACAUUAAUGCAACCAACAGCCAGUCAAUUGGCCAAGCAAAAUCGUUGUGCUAAAUAUGUUGGUUCAAGAUUUCAGAAGCUACUGAAGCUACUAACUCAGAAUGAAAGGAGUUUAUCUAUCUCUUCCGGGGUAGAAAGUCAAGCUGCCAAGCGUCAAAAAUUAGAGGGUGGUCUCUUGUGCAAGGUUACUGAUGUGAAGCAGCAAACCAAUUUUGUCCAUAAAAAAUCAAUGAGGGCUGUCACCAUUGAACAAAACUCUGCAUGUUCCAAGCUGAAGCUAACUAUUCCUAGAGAGCCUGACCUUAAAACAGCACAUAGGGCUCAAAGGAUAAGACCAAAAAAUGUUGGAGAGGCAGAGCACAUGACAGUUGAUGCUCCCAGAUUCAAAGCCCGCCCAUUAAAUAGAAAAAUUCUUGACGCUCCUUCAUUGCUACCUCCCAAAAGGAGCACUCCACGGUUGCCUGAAUUUCAGGAAUUUCACCUGAAGACUUUGGAGAGGGCCAUGCAACACACAUCUGCUACAUCAUCUUCACUUCACUGCAAUGAUCCUGAUAAGGGUCAGGACAAAAAUUCUGCUGUUUCUGCUCUAGAUAAUAGAAUUAAGGAUUCAAGAAGACCUACUGCCAUGGGUGCACCAACAAAAGGUGGAUUGGGUGUUAGUCAUAUUUUUAAAGCUCGGCCUCUUAAUAAGAAGACACUACGAAGUAAAGAAGAUGUUGUUUUCCAGAACAGCAAACGGGAAACAGCAGUCCCAGUGGAAUUUGAUUUACAGGCUGAAAAGGGGGUUCAGCCAAACCCGCCAAUUGAACUCUUUGGCAAGCUGUCUCUGACAUCUGAAGGCCAGGCAAAUAAUGGAUUUAAUUUUAGACUGCCUCAGCAUGCCGGGAUGUGUAGAAAGGACUCAAAAGAAAAUAUAUUAAAUUCUUUUCGUCCGGACCAAGAGGAAAAGGCUUUUACGUUUGGGGAAAAUCAAAAUCCUCGUGGGAAUGGCAGUUACAUCAGUCUGAUGAGUGCAAGGAGGAGCUUGGGAAUUCGGUGACAAAGAGGAAAAAUGUGCAACUGGCUUUGGUAUGGGCAUAAGGCUUGAACUUUUACUGCUGACAUGAAGAUUGACAGUACAUAGAUGAAUCUGACAGUCACCUAACUCUGCCGACGAUAGGUGUUUUUUAUACUGUACACCGAAUCCUAGAUUUUUUUUUUUUAAGAAAUCAACAUGAUAGGUGCAUAGCUUGUAUCUUCUGUAACUGGACCUGAUCAUAAUCCAAAGAAAAAUAUCAUUACAGGCGAGUGCUUAUCCUAAUUGCUC